AUGACGCAGGAAGAAAGAAACAGAGGAAAAGUGGAGAAAAGCAAGAAGGCGCCUGACAGCAUAGACUGCAUCUUAAGCGACCAAGAUGAACUAGACAUCGACAACAUCCGGCUGAUUGACUACGGCGCAAAAGACGAUGAGCUGCUAAAGGAUCUCUCCAUAAACGACGAGGAGAGCAUAGAUGAGCUAGACAUGACCAAGAUAUACGAGAACGAGCUGGAGCAAAGCGACGACGACCUUGAAAUAGGAGACGAAGAGAUGAAAAAGAUAAGAGGGUUUGAAGAGAGCAUCAACCAGAAAACGAAGAACAAACGCAACAUGCUCAGCACCUUUUAUCCGCACAUGGAGACGGGAUACAACUCGCACGUCCCAGACCUGAACAGCGAUGUAGAUAACGAUAUAUGCAAAGAAAACAUCAAGAAGAUCUAUAGCUACCUGAAGGAAGACCAGGAAAAAGAAGAGGAAAUACAGAGAGAAAUUGAAAAAACGAUAGAGUAUAUCGGCAAUAUCAGAAAAAAUAAUGAACAGCCAAACGAAUAA